AUGGCAUCAAAGGCUGAAUUAGCUUGUGUUUACUCUUCUCUCAUCCUAGUUGAUGACGACGUUGCCGUAACUGGUGAGAAAAUUUCAACUAUCUUGAAAGCGGCCAAUGUUGACGUUGAACCAUACUGGCCGGGUCUCUUUGCCAAAGCCCUCGAGGGCGUAAAUGUUCGUGAUUUGAUCACAAACAUUGGAUCCGGCGUCGGAGCUGCGCCAGCAGCUGGUGGAGCACCGGCAGCAGCUGCCGCAGCACCCGCUGCUGAGGCCGCUAAGGAAGAGAAGAAGAAGGAAGAAGAACCAGAGGAGUCUGAUGAUGACAUGGGCUUCGGUAUGUACUAUUCAUUUUUAAAGUUUCAUAUUGUAUGUAUGUUCUAG